AUGCUCCGUCCAACCUUAUCAUCAUCGUCGUCGUCGUCAUUAUCGAAUGCACCAUCAACGGACACAACUCACUCCAACGCCGAUUCCCAACACUUGGUACUGGUCGGAGGCGGACACGGCCACGUCCAGGUCAUCAAGGCCUUACGGAAUCGCCCGUCAAACCUCCGCGUCACGCUCUUGGACGCUACCGAUGCGGCUUCCUAUUCCGGCAUGGUUCCGGGAUGCAUCGCCGACGCCUACACACCGGAACAGACGCUCCUGCGUCUACGACCGCUCGCCGAGUGGGCCGGAAUCGACUUUCGCCAGGAAAAGGUCGUGGACGUGGAUUUCGAACGGAAAUUACUCUACACGGACCAGCCAGACUCGGACGCGUUGUCCUUUGACGUGUUGAGUUUGGAUAUCGGGUCGACGUCGCGGGAUUGGCAAGACGUGCCCGGUGCCGCCGAGUUUACGAUCCCCACCCGGCCUAUUGAUCAAUUGGUCCGACGACUCGACGCCGCUCUAGACGGGGUCCGCGCGCGUGUGGCUACCGCCGGUAUCGAAUUGAGCAUGGCCAUUACCACCCGCUGGAAACACUUUACCCCAAACGUCGACUGUACCGUCCUCGACGCCGGCUCGCAACUGGUACCGCACGAAAGUCCCACCGCCCGACGCAAACUCCAGUCGAUUCUCCGAGACAAGCAUAUUACCGUCCGACACGACUGUCACGUCGACCACGUCACGGCGGAUGCCGUCGUCUUGACUUCCGGCGAUCGCAUUCCCUUUACGUGUUGCGUCUGGGCGACCGGGGCCGGCGCGCACACCUUGGCCCGUACCACCUUGGCCCAACGCGGAUUGGAAGUGGACAAAUACGGAUGGAUUCGGGUACACCCGACUCUACAGAGCACCUCACACGACUUUGUCUUUGCCGCCGGUGACUGCAACACCAUUGUCGGUUUACCCGAAGAUCAACCCUCACCGCCCAAGGCGGGCGUCUACGCCGUCCGCUCCGGACCCGUACUGAUUGAAAAUUUGAUGCGUUACUCGUAUCCGGCCGACCGCGCUUCCGCACUCGUCCCCUACACACCGCAAGACGAUUUUCUCAAACUGCUCGUCUGUGGCGACCAUCAGGCCAUGGGAUUCCGCUUCGGCUUGGCGCUCUACGGAUCAUGGGUCUUUCGAAUGAAGGACCAAAUUGAUCGCAAUUUCAUGAAGCUCUUUGACGUGGCGCACUUGCCGACACGGGACGACACAACCGGAUCGGAUGCGGCGGCGUCCCCGACCCGGCAGUACGACGAUAGUGAUGACGAUGACGACAAUGAAAGCAAAAAAGAAAAAGUUCGAUUGUCGGCCAUGGAUGCCGCCGCGUUGUUGCGGAGAACGGACGACGACGUGGAUUUCCAAGUCGCCCAGAGCGUACUCCGACGAAUGGCCGCCGACGAUUCGUAUCGUCGCGAUGUCCUGGCGCACGCUGCCGAGCACGAGACUAUAGAAAGCCCCGUACACGGAUGA